AUGUCAGGCGGGUGGAACACAAUCGAAUCCGAUGCUGGUGUCUUCACCUACCUCAUCGAAUCGCUGGGCGUGAAGAAGGUGCAGUUCGAAGAGCUCAUCAGUCUUGACGCAGAGUCAUUACAGCAACUCAACCCAAUCGGUGUCAUCUUCCUCUUCAAGUACCCGACAGACGAGAAGCCCAAGAAGGACGCCCCUCUCGAUGGCGAAUUCGACUAUGGCGCAUUGGAGAACCAGGAAGAGCCAGUGUGGUUUGCAGCGCAAACGAUCCAAAAUGCCUGUGGCACACAAGCACUCCUCAGCGUAAUGCUCAACAAGGACAACCAAGAUGAGGGCGGCGUCGAUAUUGGCGAGAACUUGAAGGACUUUAAGAGCUUUACGGGAAUGUUUCCAGCCGAUCUCCGCGGCGAAGCACUCUCCAACUCAGACCUCAUCCGCGAGACCCACAACUCUUUCGCCCGCAGCUCGCCCUUCGUAUCCGACGAAACCCGCAUGGCCACUGCCGACGACGACGUCUACCACUUCAUCGCCUACACCUCCAUCAACAGCACACUCUACGAGCUCGACGGCUUACAACCAGCACCCAUACGGCACGGCGACGCAGGCGCCUGUCCUCCCGAGAUCUUCUCGGACGCAGUCAUUCCAGUGCUGCAGCGGAGGAUAGAACGUUACCCAGCGACCGAGAUCCGAUUCAACUUGCUGGCGGUAUGUGAGGAUCUGAGGGAGCGUGCAAGGGCAGUAGGAGAUGAGGAGUGGUUGGCACGAGAAGAGCAGAAGAGACGGGAUUGGAGAUGGGAGAACGCGCUGAGGCGGCAUAACUUUGUGGGCUUCAUUGGUGACGUCAUGAAGGGUGUGACUGCGAGCAAGGUGAAGGACGGUAGCUACGACAAGUGGAUCGAAGAUGCGAAGGCAGCGACCAAGAAGCGGAUAGAGGACCGGCAGAAGCGAGGGCAGGGUGAGGAUGAGAUGGACAUGUCGUAG